AGACGUCAGACAGAAUAAUUUCAAAAUAUAGGAGGUGGUAAAAUAAUUUGUUGAUGAUUGUAUUGUGAAAUAAAUUGGUGGAUAUAAUUUUGAUAAAAAGUGUAAGAAAUAAACUUUAUUGUCGUUUCUUUGUUUACAGCAACACAAGAGUUUAUUUCCAACACUCCUGAAGAAUUAAGAUAAGAUCUUAUAAAACGACAAUCUUGUUUUAAUGAAAAAUGGAGAAACUUCAAUUUAAAUUUACAUUAUUGCCCGGAAGUGAUGGAAAGUCAAAUGUGUAUUCUAUAACCUCAAUAACCACUAAGGACAACAAAGUGUAUGCAAUACCUGAGGAGUUUCAGGCGGUUGGCCAUCACAAAGAAAUCAUUAAAACCUCUGCAUAUAAUAAAGUGAAGAAUAGCUUAAAAAAAAGGUUCCAAACAAGAAGAGUCUGGAUAACAAUGACACAAGAAUUGGCUGGAAUUUAUUUAGAUGAAGACGGAAACGUGCAAUUUGGAGAUCAAUUUUUAGAAGAAAUAAUAGAAGAAGAAGUGGCGCAGAAGAACGAGUCAGGUACACUAGAAAAAUUAUUUGAAAAGUUUAUAGAAACCACGCAAGCAAAUAGGCAGCAAAGUUUAAAAUCAAUUGCAGAAAAAUUUGUAUUAGAAAAAUUUACUAGUAAAAAUGCCAACGCAAAUCUGUGGAUUGACAUUUUUGAAAAAGAAUGUUUGCGAUGUGAGGUAACAUCGGAUGAAAAAAAAAUUGAAAUACUCAGAUUGUUUUUGGAUAAGACCUGCGCUGACUGGUAUAGUUCUAUGAUUAUGAAAUUGUCAUUCAAAUCUGAAUGGUCUAUAUGGAAAAGCAAAUUUUGUGAGACAUUCGCCAAUAAGGGAUGGAACCCAGUCACUUACGCACUGUUUUUUAAAUACAAAGAUGGUUCUUUACUAGAAUACGCUAUAAAAAAGGAAAAACUUCUGCUGGAGAUGAGACCAUCAAUUGAUACAGGUACUUUGACAGAUCUUAUUGCAGCGGGAUUACCAGAAUUCAUUUUAAACAAAAUAGACCGAGAAAUUCUAAAAGAUACAAUGGAUUUAUUUAAUGAGCUGAAUAAGCAUGAACACUCGAUGAAUAAAAGAAAUUUUGUGGCCAAGAGAAAUUAUGGAAAUCAGAAGUCUUAUGUUAAAACCGAAACAAAAAUUCCAUGCAAAAUAUGUGAAAAAUUAAAUAAGGGCUCGCGUUAUCAUUCUGAAAAUUUAUGCUGGUUUAAAGAAAAAGAAGAGGAAAAAAUUAAGAAAAAUUCCAUUAGGCAUGUCAAUAAUUCAGUAAUUGAAGCAGAAUUAAACGAGGCUGAUCAAAAAAACUAAUAGUAACACCAUUGAUAACUGUCAAACUAAUUAUAAAUGAUAAAUUACAAAUAAACGGAGUCUAUGACUCAGGCUCUAAUGUCUCUUUGAUAAAUUCAAAAUUAUUGAAGUUAAAAAAGAACGAGAACAAUACUUAUACAAAUGAAGCAAAUUUAAUAACAAUUAAUGGUGUUCAAAAGACAAGUGGUUUGACAAGCUUAAAAGUAAAGAUUUUUGGAUUAGAAAAACAAGUUGAUGUGUACAUUAUUGAUGGAAAAAAUUUUAAGUAUGACUUUUUAAUUGGAUUAGAUUUAAUAAAAAUAUUUAAACUUAUUCAAACUGAAGACUUAGAAAUUAUACAGAAAAGGUAUCCAAAUAAUGAUAAAGUCGAUAAAGUAGAAGAAUUUAGUACAACUUUUAAUUACACAUCAGGAAAAGAAAAAGAAAACAGUAGUAUCUUAAAAAAAUACGAAAUAAAUUUCAAUGAACAUGUAAAUGAAGAAGACUUUGAAAUGAAAAUAAAUCAUUUAGAUGAAGAUAAAAAGGAAAAUAUAAAUAAGUUGAUAAAUGAAUACAAAUCUGUCUUUGCAAAAGAUAAAUACGAUGUUGGUACUGUUAAUGGGUAUGAAGCGAGAAUAGACUUAUCAGUGGAAAAAUACUGCAGUAAAAGGCCUUAUAAAUGCACUAUGGAAGAUAAAAAAGAAAUAGAACAUCAAAUAGCAAAAUUAUUAGAUAACAAGCUAAUAGAAGAAUCUUACAGUCCUUUUGCAGCACCCGUAACACUAGCAUUUAAAAAAGAGGAUAACAAGAAAUCAAGAUUAUGUAUAGACUUCAGGGAUCUGAACAAAAUUGUGGUACCUCAAGCUCAACCUUUCCCUUUAAUUGAAGACUUAGUAAUUAAGACUAGAAACUGUACUUUUUUUUCAACCUUAGAUAUAAAUUCUGCGUUCUGGUCUAUUCCCUUGCGGAUAGAAGACAGAAAGAAGACAGGAUUCGUAACUCAAGAAGGUCAUUUUCAGUGGACCUGCUUACCCUUUGGUUUAAAAACAUCCCCAGCAAUUUUCCAAAGAAUUUUAAGUAAUAUUCUAAGAAAAUACAAUCUUUCAGAAUUUGCUGCUAAUUUUAUAGACGAUAUUUUGGUUUUUUCAAGGAGUUUUGAUGAACACAUUAAUCAUUUGACGCAAUUACUGGACGCUAUAAAAAAAGAAGGAUUUAGACUAAAAUUCACAAAAUGCACAUUUGCGUCAAACUCGGUUAAAUAUCUCGGUCAUAUAAUUCAAAAUAAUUCAGUUCAGCCAGUCAAAGACAAUGUCAUUUCCAUUAAGAAUUUUCCUAUUCCCAAAACUCAAAAGCAUAUAAGACAGUUUCUUGGGAAAAUUAAUUUUUACCACGAAUACAUACCGAGGAGCGCUAUAAUAUUAGAUCCUUUGCACAAUUUAUUAAGAAAAAAUCAGAAGUUUGUUUGGUCUGAUGAAUGUCAAAAAUCGUUUGAUAUGGUAAAAAAUCUAUUAUGCUCUCAACCGAUUCUAGAAAUAUUUGACAAAAAUUUGCCUAUCAAUAUUUACACUGAUGCUUCUAUAGAAGGCGUAGGCGCUAUUUUAAAACAGGUACAACUAGAUGGAAAAGAAAAACCAGUAGCUUAUUUCUCAAAAAAACUAAACGAAGCCCAGAAGAAAAAGAAA